GUCCAUCUCGUCUUCAGCUUUCAUCAUCACUUCAACCCUGCUCCUCAUCGUUCAUACUUUGCUACCGCGUGUUGUGCGGGAAGACUUUAUUUUCCGUUUUAAUAAAAGCCUCUACGCGUCUUGGCUUUCAAAGUCACAUUUCAACCUUGACCUGUUUUCUGGCUUGUGGAUUGGAUCACGAGGACGGCGUCAGGGACGUCUGCGAAGGUGGUGGCAACGACGACGACAGUGAAGACAGAACGACCUUCGACGCAUGGACCCGUACUUUUCCAAGACGCCUCAUCCAACAUGUCCACAACUCAAAUCUACCAUCGAUCUAACAUGUCUACGGGAUCCAUCUCGCGCAAGCGAGUCGGCUCCAUGUCACAACGCGGCGACACGCCGCUGACACCGCUCGACAUUCAGUCCAUCCAGAUGCCAUCCAACCCUCAAAACGCUCUCGCACUCAAGACCGCCGCUCUGUCCUCCACCAAAUCACUGUACCAAACAUGUUCUCAUCUCCGCAAACGCCUACGCUGUGUUGAAGACUUCUCCCCAUUCCUAGACCAGCCAUCAUCCGCGGAGCACCUUGAUGUCGUCUCCCACAUGGUCCACCUCUUCCGUCUCGGUUCCCCCCUGUGUCAUCUGUACAACCUCCUCAUCCCUACAUUUCCCGACGCCCAACCCAUCCCAUACGCCUUUCCCGACUUCAUGCAAUGCCCCGAGGGUAUUCGAAAUUGGGCCAAACGGCAUGAAAACGCAAAGCAAUGUCAGAAAUACAUUGCCAUGUUUUGCAUGGCCAUGAACAAGCGGCAAGACGGUUUCGGCGAGAUAUGGGCGCUCCAUGAGCUUUGGGGAAAGAGUUCUGGUGACGAGAUCGAAGCCUACGACUCCACUGGCCUGAUGAAAGUCCUUCACACCGUUGAGGCGAUGCUCGAUCGUCUCCCACAAUCCGCCAUGUCGCCGCUGUCUCCCGCCACUCCGUAUACCCCACACAUCUCCCGUUACGACCUGCCCUUCUCCAUGGGUGGCAGUGGCUCCGGCAUGAGCGCGAUAGAGACCAUGGCGGCGACGAUGAACGGCGGCGUCCAUAUUGGAGGUGGCGAGGCGAUGUCCCGAGGCUUGUCCAAAUCGUCUGCCGAUUCUAACGCAUUCAAAUCAGUUGAAGAACUUGUUGCAUCAGAAAAGAGCUACGUACAGGAGCUGGAGAUCCUCGUUCGGUACUCGACAGAAUGUGUCGCGAGGCAGAUUAUCUCCACAGACGCGAAUCACGCAAUCUUCUCCAAUCUCUCCAAGAUCCUCGACUUUCAUCGCAAAUUCCUGAUCAAACUGGAGACUGAAUAUGAACCGAUUCAAGAGGGCAGGACGUGGGCCGAAGGGCGCUGGGGCAGACCAUUCGUGUCGAGCGAAUCAGAGUUUGACUGCUAUGGGCCGUAUUGCGCCAACUAUCUCGACGCGAUAUCGAUUGUCAAUGAGCAGAUGCCAAAUUUGCUGCGUGGCCAAGACCUCCCCUCGUCCCAACGCCCCUGUCUCCACCCCGAAACCGAACUUCAAGCCUUCAUGAUCAAACCCAUCCAACGUAUAACCAAAUAUGGCCUCCUCCUCGACGCCGUCCUCCAUGCUACGAAGAAACACGACUACGCCUACCGCUUCGAACUCGAAGAAGGCGCGGCGGCCGUGCGCCGAAUCGCCGCGUCCAUCAAUGAAGUCACCGACUACAAGGCCAAACAAGCCACUGUCCGUGAGCUUCUUGACCGCGUGGAAGAUUGGAAAGGGCACGAAUUGGAUAAAUUCGGCGAUCUCUGGCUCGACGACCACUUUACCGUCACCAAGGCCGACUCGCCCCGCGAAUACCACGUCUUCCUCUUCGACAAGAUGCUCCUCUGCUGCAAAGAGAUCAUCCCUGAGCGCAAAAAGUCAACCAAAAACUCGAGCAUGCUGCGCAAAGACAAGACAGCCAGCAAAGUUAGCAUUCCCGUGCGCAAACUCGCCCUCAAAGGCCGGAUAUUUGUCUCCAACAUCAACCGUGCCACCUUGGAGGAUUCUCGCCUAACCAUUGCCUGGACUGUACCUCAUCGCGAUCCCAACGGCUGGCACGACGAGGUCGAAGACAUGUUCGUCAUGACAGGCAAGAGCGACGAUCAGCUCAAAAAAUGGGCAGAUAAAGUCAUGGAGCUUGCCAACAUCGAACGCAAGCGACAAGAGGAGAUCCGCUCACAUAGCAUGCGUCUGAGUCAACAGUCCCAAUUCGAGCCCCGCACGCCAGCCUCAGAAACCGGACAUGACGGUCGUCGGGUCCAAUCUCACUCCAUCUCCCGCGGAUCCUUCCCUGAGCCUCGCGCGAGAGCUCUCACCGAAGACCAAUUCGGCCCUAACGUCAGUCAAUGGCGCGCUCAACCGCCAAUGCCUCGACUUAUGUCCACUUCGUCCGACGUCAUGCCCCGACCCACCCGCCAAAGCUCGCGGAAUGAGGUCGACAUGCGCUAUGCUCCCUCGCGCGGUAUGCCUCGCGACGCCAUGCGAUCUCGGUCCGCCUCACAACCGCACAUACACCCUCUUAACACGGACCUUCCGCCAGUCCCUAGUUGGCAGGACCCUGCAUCAUCCUCGUCCACCCUCGUUGGGCGGCAGAGCGAUAAGCGGUCGUCAGGGGAUAGUCAAUCGACAGAGACGAGCGAGAGUAGUCAUAGCCCAGUGACUCCGUAUGGGAUGGGGUCCAUCUUGGUGCGAGUGAAGUGUGGUGCGGACACCUACCACGUCUCCGUCCCCCUAUCACUCCCUUUCUCCGAUUUCUACGCCAAGGUGCACAAGAAAAUCCGCAUGUGCCGGGGCAUAUCUGACCACUUUUUGAUCAAAUGGAUUGAUCUAGACGGUGACGAAGUGACGAUCAAAUGUGAUGCCGAUGUCGAGGGAAUGCUUGACGAUGUGAGAGAUAGUGGUGAACCCUGUGUCAACAUUGUGAUCAGAUAGAACUUGUAUCCAUGAAUUAUCAUAGGUUGGGUUGGAUGGGUCGACGUCGCAGUCGAACAGGUCGGGGCGUAUUUAUACUAGUCUCGGGUCCAUUAUCGAGUGUCUUCUUCACGCCCUCACUCGCACUCCCCUUCCACAUUUCGACUUCCUUCCUCUGCACCACCUUAACCUUGUACGCAAAGAUCCACAGUAGAGCACCCUCGGUGAUUGCCACCACGACCGCUGCGAAGACGCCCAGCAAGACGCCCGUCUCCCGCUUGUACCCUGCUCCCGUGAUCGCGGCCAUGUACACAGCGACACCUGCUCCAACCACAGAGAACAGCACGUUCAACGCCGUGGUAAUCUGUUUUGACAGGGCCUUGUAACCCCCCGAGAGCGAUUCCCUCGGGCUCAAAUAAGACGGCAGGAAAGCGUCCGCCUG